AUGAGGCGCAUUCUGCAACCUGAUGGGAUUGUGAUAUCUUGGGAGUUGUUCCGAGAUGAAUUCUAUAAAAAAUAUUUCCCUACUUCAGUUAGAAAUGCCAGAGAACUUGAACUGCUUCAGCUUAAACAGGGGCAGAUGACUAUCACUGAAUAUACCAGUAAAUUUGAGGAAUUGUGCCGCUUCUCACGCAUCUGUCAGGGAGCUCCUGAGGACUUUGCCGAGUGGAAAUGUAUAAAGUAUGAAGGAGGCCUUAGGAGUGACGUUCAGAGCUUUGUGGCGCCUAUGCAGAUUUGGGUGUUUUCUGAGCUGGUGAAUAGGAGCAGGGUGGCGGAGGAAUGUGUCAGAAGAGCUGCAGCAGAAAGAGGGAGUCUGAGGACGCCAUUCCAGAGGACCACAGGGAGAAACUUUGCACCCAGAGGCAGACAGUUCAAGCGUGGUGGCUUUGUUCCUCAGAACAAUCAGGGGCAAGGCAGCUCCAGGAAGUCUAAUACCAGUGCUAAUCAGGGAAGGAGACAGGGAAAGCAGCCACAGCAGGAUAUGAGUUGCCACAGAUGUGGGAAGUAUCACUCAGGACCAUGCAGGUUUGGGACUGGAGUCUGUUACUCUUGUGGGCAGCCGGGACACUUGGCUAGUAGUUGCCCCGAGAAGAAGGGGUAUGAGACAGGCAGGGUGCAGCAACCAGGAAGGGUAUACACUACUUCUUCUAUAGGCGCUGAAGGGUCAGAGGCAUUGAUCCGAGGUAAAUGUGAGAUGGUGGGUAAAACUUUGAAUGCUUUGUUUGAUUCUGGAGCUUCACAUACUUUUAUAGCAUUUGAGAAGGCUGAUGAGCUAGGACUGAAAAUAGUAAUACUGGGGUAUGAUUUAAAGGUAUAUAAUGCUACCCACGAGGCUAUGGUGACUAGAUUAGGGUGCCCCCAAGUUCCUUUUCGAGUACAAGGGCGUGAUUUCGUGCAUAACUUAAUUUGUUUGCCGAUGACUGGUCUUGAUCUCAUUCUGGGAUUGGACUGGUUAUCCAAGAAUCGCGUUCUAUUAGAUUGCUCGGCGAAAACAAUGUAUUUUAUGCCUGAAGACACUGAAGGGCCGGUGUUUCGGGUGAUGAUCAAGACUUAG